UGCCAAAAAUAUUCAUUCACACCUUCAUUUAAGCAGAAAUUUUCAACACUGUUCCAAUCCAUUUAUCUUGAAAAUGCUGCACAGUUCACCACUUCCUCUCUCAUAAUUGUGCAGUUUAGCUGCAGAUUAUUGCCCAAAAAGUUAAAUAGCUUUUUCCUUCUAAAAGUGGCCUUAAAUAUAAAUAAUGAGCAAACAUGCUACAUAUAAUUAGCUCCAAUGAUCACAUUAUUUUUACAUACUAAGAACUAAGAAGUGCCUAGUUCAGCUCAUGGAUUCAGCUCCUUCUUGUUCUUGGCUUCAAGCCUUCUUGUUCUUGGCAUUGUUUUGGUUCUUUAACUGUGGAUAUGUGCAUGGAGCCACCCCAGCAGUGAAAGUUGGUAACUUUUCAAAGGUGGAAGAUGCUGCGAACUUUCAUAUUUACUAUGGCCAGACCUUCAAAGUCAUUAAGAAUUCUGCUGAUGGCCAGAGCUACCUUCUUCUCCAGAAUAAUUCAAGGAUUGCAUCAAGGACUAAAUAUUGUACAUCAAGAAUUAAGUCAUUUGUCAUACCAUUGUCAAACUAUUCUGUUGAUACGAAUUAUUUUCCAGUUUCCUUCAUAGAGCUUUUAGGGUUAGUGGAAAGCUUGAAAGGCAUAACCUCAAACUCUGUGGCUUCUCCAUGUGUGUUGAAAUUGUACGAAGGAGGACAGAUAGAAAUGUUCAACAGUAGUGAUUACCAAAAGCUUGCAGAGUUUUCUUCAUAUUUCGUAAGUGACAAUGAUCAGCAGCCAGCUUGCAAUUUUGCAACUUUUGCUCCCUAUAUAGAGGAUACCCCUUUGCAGAGAGCAGAAUGGAUCAAAUUCAUGGGAGCUUUUGCAAAUGUUGAAGCUAGAGCCAAUCAAGUCUAUACUGCAGUUAAGGAGAACUAUUUGUGCUUGGCUAAAAUUUCCAAAACUAGGACAACAUUCAAGCCAACGGUAGCUUGGAUGAAGUAUACAAAUGGUGUUUGGUAUUUUACAAAGGAAAAGUAUCAGUUGAAGUACGUGGAAGAUGCAGGCGGAGAGAUUUUGGGUGCCAACAAGAACACUUACAAUGUCUCUGAUCCUGAUGACUUGGAGGAAUUGCAUGCUAUCCUAUGUACUGUGGAAGUAGUCAUUGAUGAAACACUAACCUCUGAUCCAGCCAACUACACCUUGUCAACAUUUAUCCAAAAUCUAAAUAUUGAAGAUCGUUCUUGUUUUUCUUUUAUUUCAAACACAAGCCUAUGGAGAUAUGACAAAAGUGUUCAAAAUUCUAUAGCUCUUGACUGGUAUAAUGGAGCAAUGUCCCAACCUCAAUUGGCACUAGCGGAUAUUAUUGAAAUUUUAUUUCCCACUGGAAAUUACACAAUGACAUAUUUUAGGAACAUUGCAAAGGGAGAAGUGCCUAUAAAUAUUGGUCCUGAAAUGUGUGACAGGGACACAUCCGCAGCAAUGGAUCCUACCAUAGUUACAUGUGGAUGAUUGUCUUUCAUGUUCAAAAAUAGGUUUAGUGUUAUCAACAAUCAACUGGCAACAUUAUUCUUUUUGAAAUCCUGUUUUUUGAAUAUAGGAUCUAUACUUGUAUUUUAAUUUCUUUGUUUUUAUUUUCAGUCAACAACGAGUUAAAUAUAUUUGAUACACAGAUGA